AUGGCCGGAAUCCAGAGUCUUCCUGUGGAGAUUCACCAGCACAUCCUCUCUCUGAGCCCUGACCCCCCUUCUCUCCGAUCACUAGCAUUAUCGUGCUCUGCCUUUUUCAAGGCAUUCGCCGUCACUGAGAAAGCCACCACCACAAGCGUGCUGUCACAUCACAUCCACCCCCAAGUCCAGCGUGAUGCUAUCGUUGCACUAGCUGCCUCUCGACUGCCAGCUCGAGACCCUUUUGCACUAUCUACAUUCGUCACAGUAACGCUCGCGUGGAAAGACAUAAUCUCCUUUCCACUAGAAUGGUCGCUGGUCGACGCACUAUCCGCCUAUAAACUCUACACCCACGUCAGCUACUUUUCUCAAGUGUUAUCCCGUCAGCUCCUUGGCCGCCCUCCCUUCCAGAUACCUGAUAGCAAGCACGACGAUAGUGUUGCCGGAAUUGACACCGAAAGGUCGCUGCCAACACCAUCAACUGCUGAGUUGCAUCGCUUCGAACGCUCUUUGUACCUGUUUGAGAUAUGCUCCAGCCUCUACAGGCUCUCCCCAUUAGAAGAUGGCAGGAGUUGGGAGUCGUGGUUCACCCAACUCCCCAAGUUUCAGCUUGAGCAGCUCAGUUGCCUCAACCAUCUCCUCACACACUUCGUUGCACCUGCAUUCAACGACCUCGUACAACACGACGUCUCUUGGGGUUACUUCGGAGUGAGCCUCAUCACCGACGAGAGCUCCCCACUAGCCCAGCGUGUUCUAAGCCGAGGCCUGGAGACGCUCCAUGCCCUUGCUCAGACCGAAACAUAUGACGAGCGUCAUCGCAUCCUUCAUCGCGGCGACAACCGCGAAGAUGAGCCAGUCGGUGCGUCAGGCUUUCUCUACGACUUGCUAGAAUGGACGCCCGAGGCUACUCUGGUCACCAAUUUACUCGUAUCAAGACUGCCAUCAGAUAAGAACUCACAAGCCUUGAGCACCCUAGAGUUACGGAGCUAUCAGGGAUGGGGUUACGUAUUCUGGGAUGAGGCGAGACUAGAGAAGCUCGGCGCUUUGACACAUGACGGCCUAGUCAAGCUGAAGGCACCUGCUGAUCCGCUGGAGGCUUUUCGAGAGCUGGAAAAUAGCCAACUACAGGCGUCUAGAGCACGACGAAGCGAGGUCUGGCACCAAGGAGGAUCUGGCCGGUGGGAUCAAGAUGACGAGUCCAAGAUCGUCUGGCCGGAGAAGAAGAAGAAGAGUGCUCAGAGGAAACAUCCUCUGAUGACAGCGAGGUCUGUUCAAGGUGCCAAGGAUUUUCUUCGGAGCUUGAAAAUCCCUGAUAUGCCAGCUAGAAAGGCAGAAAGCCAUAGCCACGGCCGAUGGAGGGUGUACCCGCCUCGUAAGGGAUAG